AUGUUUAUUAAAACAAUUGCUGAUUGUUUGGAAAAUCCAGUGGAUGAUCUUUUUCAUGGGGGAGAAAAUCUUGUAGGUUAUCCAAACAUAGAAAAUGGUGGUGUUGAGUGCACUGUGUACUUUGAUCCGGUUCAGAGUGGGAGCACUGUGACUCUGCGACUGAAUGUGAAGUUCCUAGAAGUGGCCACCAGCUGUGUGGCUUGUGCUUACCCCAAGGUUGAUAAUCAAGAGAGUCCCCGCAUCCGCUGCCGACCUUCUUACACAGAACCCCCAAAACUCACGGGACUCUGGAAGCAAGGGCUUCAGCAACGCUCAAUCCCUUUCGCGCGCUUCAGCCUCGUCUCUCCAUCCCUUCGCUCGCUUCAGCCUCGUCUCUCCAUCUCUCGAUCGCGCUUCAUCCUCCUUGAACUACUCGUCCAGGAGUCUGCUACAAGUGCAGUUGAGAUUGCUGGGAAACAUUUUCCAGGAGUAGAAUGCAAAUGGGGUGAUCAGGGUCUUGAGGAAAUUAUUGCAGAUAGUUCAAUUCUUGGUGUUGCUGUGGUUUUAGCUGGCCAAGCUCAGGUAUAGCUAAUACUAAAGCUUGCUUCUUUUUUUAUUGAAUCAUAGAAACAGAAGCUUGGUAGUAGAAAUUUGUAGUCUUUUUAGCAUUUUGCGUGUAA